AUUAGCUCAUGUUCAGUUCUCCUAAUUAGCAUCCGAAUAUUUAAUGUGAUAUGAAUUUUAGUCCGAACUAAAGAUCAAACACCCUGAAGCAUUUUUCCCCGCUUGCUGACUCCAAUAGUACAUUCUUCUUCUUUUGUUUGGAAAAACAAACACGCUAUUCGUGAUUGCUGUGGAUUAGCCGGACAACAAAACACGAAAACUAGAGAGCCGCAUCCCUCAUUCCAGCUGCCCCACACGUGUCCACUGCGCAUUCAUAGCUGGCGCCUGACGUGGCCCCUCGAGCUGUCGAAGGCAUCCCCGCUGGAAGCUUCCUGCCUUGCCUGCCUCCGCCUUUUCCACCGAUCCCGAUUCGGAUCCGCGAUUCCGCGGCAUUCCCGACCCCAAAUCCCGUUUCCCUCGCCGCCCCAUCGAGCCCAAACCGAAACGACCCGCCUCACCUCUCCGCCUCCGCAGAUCGCCGCCGCCGCCGCCUCGUCCUGCUCCGCUCGCCGAUGGUCGCCGUGGACCCGCCGCCGCGCGGGGAGGCCACCGCGGCCGCCCCCGCGCCCGUGCUGAGGCGGAGCGCCAGCAUCGAGCGCAUCCCGGAGGACGCGCGCCGCAUCCUGCACCGCCUCGCCGGCGAGCUCUGGGGCGGCGACGUGGACCCGGGCGCGCUCACCGUGUCCCAGCUCAAGGGCGCCAUGACCAACGAGGUCUUCCGGAUCACCUGGCCCGGCGGCGAGGGCGACCCGCGCAAGGUGCUCGUGCGCAUUUACGGCCAGGGCGUCGAGGUCUUCUUCGACCGCGCCGACGAGGUCCGCACCUUCGAGUGCAUGUCGCGCCACGGCCAGGGGCCCCGCCUCCUCGGCCGGUUCGCCAACGGCCGCGUCGAGGAGUUCAUCAACGCCAGGACGCUAUCUGCGGCGGAUCUGCGCGACCCGGAGAUAUCUGCCCUGAUUGCCAAGAAGCUGAGGGAGUUUAACGAUCUCGACAUGCCUGGACCCAAGAAUGUCUCAUUGUGGCAGAGGCUCAGGAGGUGGCUUGAGGAGGCUCGUGGCAGGUGUUCUGAGGAAGAGUCCAAGCAAUUUCAGCUGAAUAAGGUAGGUGAUGAGAUUGCCGUGCUGGAGAAGGCACUGUCCAGGGUCGAUCAGACAGUGGGAUUUUGCCAUAAUGAUCUGCAGUAUGGGAAUAUUAUGAUAUAUGAAGAGACCAGACAAGUCACCUUGAUUGACUAUGAAUAUGCCAGCUUUAACCCUGUUGCAUUUGACAUUGCUAAUCACUUUUGUGAGAUGGCUGCGGAUUACCAUACUGCAACACCACACGUGUUGGAUUUUACGAAAUAUCCUGACACUGAGGAGCAGCGAAGAUUUGUUCAGACAUACCUUAGUUCUUCAGGUGAAAAGCCAUCAGAUGAGGAAGUUGAAAACCUACUAGGGUUGAUUGCAAAGUACACACUUGCAAGCCAUCUGUUUUGGGGCCUUUGGGGAAUAAUCUCGGCGCACGUGAACAAAAAUAUCGACUUCGAGUACAUGGAGUAUGCAAGGCAACGCUUCGAUCAGUACUGGCAGACAAAGCCUAGAAUACUUGGAGCCAACUGAUUAGUCAUUCUUUUUCUUGUUUUACGGCUUCUUGGCUAGCUACUAGUCCUGUGAAUUUUGUUCAUCAUUAGUGGCUAGUUGCUCCCAGUUCUUUGCUGCAGAUUGUUCGGUUCGUUCUGUAAGUAUUUAGUUAUAAUGUGCUCCCUCAGUUGUAGGUAGUUUUGGCUUUUCUAGGUACAUACUCCCCUCAUUCCAUAGAUAUUAUUAUGCAUCUAGACAUAUACGAUAUCUAAAUUUAUAAUAAUAUCUACUUCCUCCA